UUUGAGCUUUUUAGAAGACAAAACUGACACCUGAGUUAAACACUUUAAACUAAACCGUUUUUUCUUAAAGCUGUAAUGUGUAGUAGAAGAUCAGUAAUAGCUGGUUGGCGAGGUGAGAGAGGGAUUUUCUCCCUCUGUCUUCUUCUCACAGUCUGAGGAAUGAUGCCCGGAGGAGCAUGUGCACCAAGCAAGCGCAUCUUUGGAGUUUGCUGGUCCUCUCUGUCUUUCAUAUGGGACUCGGGGUGUCCUGCAUCUCUCUGGGUGUGCUGGGGAUCACACAAGCCCUGUGGCCGCAGAAGACCCAAACCUCCUUUUCUACACCAGUAUGGAGCGGCGCAUGUUUUCUUGUCUGUGGACUAUGUGGGAUACUGUGUGCGAAGAAGAGAACUGGACCAACUAUGAUCCUGUUUUCAGCCUGUUGCAUCUGUGGACUUAUUGGGGGAAUUCUCAACGUCCAGUUUGUGCGUGCGAUGGUGAAACGGGCGAACAGCCUGUACUCUCUGCACCUGGCCUUCCUCUGCCUGGCCAGCCUGGGCGUCUUGAGCUGCACUCUCUCCACCUGGCUCACCUGCAGACUCGCCAGCAGUGAACAGAAAAGGCUGUUUCUGGAAAGGGAUCUGUCCCUGCAUCAUUCCGUGGAGAUGGGCGAGAAGGAAGUUCCAGUGAAGCAUGCUACGCACAACAGGAGCACCUCACUACCAUAAACCUUCCAACCUUCGGAUCUGCAUCCAUUUUUUCUCAGAAAGACGUCUUGCCCUGUUCCAAUAGCCAGGCAGUGUUCAAAGCACAUGCAAAA